UUCUUUAGUAAAGCUGCUUUAUGCUGCUUUGGGAGAAAGAGACCCAUGUUCUAUGGAGCUUCAAGGAAUUGUCAAAGCUUUCCCCAAAAGGAAGAAGAUCAAAGAUGAUUCACAGAGGAUGGACCCUGCAAAAGUCUUCAAAAGAGAAGAAACCAGAAAUGGUCAUUCAGGAUGGUUGGAGCCUGUUGUGGCCUACGUACUACAAGCAGGAAUGGGCCAGGCCAGGGCUGAAAUCUUCCGUAAGCAGAUAAUUCAUAAUGGAGGUAGAGUGUGCAGUCAGCUUUCCUCAGACAUAACACAUGUUAUAUUAGAUGAAGGCAUGGAUUGUGACAGGGCCUUCCGGCUCCUCAGACUAGCUAAGUUACCCCCAGGACUGCAACUGGUAAAAGCUUCCUGGCUGAGUUCAUGUGUCACAGAGCAGAAGAUGUUGAGCACAACUGGCUAUAGUCUCUUUAUCCCAGACAGAUACCUGGAUGUGUCAGAUCUUUCAAAGAGGCAAUCCCAGUUUCUGGAUGAGGAGAAGAUCCAGUCCCAGAUGGAUGGUGCAGUCCUGGACAUGAAGGCUAAUGAAUUGCAGACAGUGCUCAGCUCUCCUUGCAGUGCAACCAAUUCCACAGGACAAUGGGAAGCCAAACGGGCAGGCCUUUGCACACUGGGGGUCGCUGAUGAUGAGGGAAAUGAAGGAGAAGAUCCUGAUGUCACUCAAAGAGAGCUGGAGGCAUUGAGGUCAGGCCGAGACCUGAACAUUUCUUCUGGAGAAUCUUCAGUGGCAUUUUCCACUGACAAGUGGGUCUGUGCUCAGUCCUCUGAGUACAAGAAGAGUAAUCAGAAUCGGUGCAUUACGGAGAAGCUAGAGGUUCUGGCAAAAGCUUAUGCUGUCCAAGGAGACAAGUGGCGGGCUCUGAGUUAUUCCAAAGCCAUUAAUGCGCUCAAGAGCUAUCCCAAGCCAGUCACUUCCUACCAGGAAGCCUGUAAGAUCCCUGGAAUUGGGAAGCAGAUGGCAGAGAAGAUUUUGGAGAUCCUGGAGAGUGGGCAUCUGCGAAAGCUGGACCACAUAAAUGAGAAUGUGCCGGUACUGGAAGUAUUUUCCAACAUCUGGGGAGCAGGAGUCAAGACAGCUCAGCUAUGGUACCAGCAGGGUUUUCGUACUCUAGAUGACAUCCGCACAAAGGCCUCUCUCUCCAACCAGCAAGCCAUUGGAUUGAAGCACUACAAUGACUUCUUGGAACGCAUGCCACGGGAAGAAGCGGCAGAAAUUGAGCAGACUGUCAGAGAAGCUGCCAAUUCUAUCAAACCUGGACUGGUGUGCAUGGCAUGUGGCUCCUUCCGACGGGGCAAGUCCACCUGUGGUGACGUGGAUGUGUUAGUGACCCACCCAGAUGGACACUCACACCAAGGAAUUUUCAGCAAGCUGCUCAACAGUCUCCGGAAAACUGGGUUUCUUACAGAUGACUUGGUGAGUCAAGAGGACAAUGGCAACCAAAAGAAGUACUUGGGAGUGUGCCGCCUGCCAGGCCCAGACCGUUGCCAUCGCCGUCUCGACAUCAUUGUGGUGCCCUACAGUGAGUUUGCAUGUGCCCUGUUAUACUUCACAGGGUCAGCCCACUUCAACCGCUCUAUGCGUGCUCUGGCCAAGACCAAGGGCAUGAGUCUGUCUGAGCAUGCCCUCGCAAGUGGCGUGGUGCGAGGACCUGGUGGCCUCAAAGCAGUGUCUGGCAUUAUUCUCCCUGCUGUCACUGAGAAGGAUGUGUUUUUGCAUUUGGGACUGCCUUAUCGGGAACCACAUGAGAGGGACUGGUGAUGGAAGGAAGUGGUGGGUUUGCUCAUUGGUUUCCCUACUGAACGCUUGUAUGUGCUCAAGCCAAACAGCAGCCACUGCUCUUGGCACUGAGUUUGGGAAAUGCCCAGGAUUUUGAAUGUAUUUAACUGGCUUUGAUAGAUUGUAUUGAGAGAGGUCACUAAUGUCACUGCAGUAGACUAGUAUGAUAAUGAAUGAGAAAAUGAUUGGAAAGCAUUUUGCACACUGGAAAUGCCUUUUAAAGGGUCUAGUAGGAAGAAGGGAUGAGUAUAUAGAUUUUAAAGAAUAUAUUUAAAGGUAUUUUGCAAAAGCAUUGUCAUUACUGUGAAGGCUGCUAGUAUUGCCUAAUGGGAGAGGCUGCUUUCUUACUGAAGGAUCCACAGGGUCUGUUGGUAAUGUAUUUCCUUUUUAGCUGGAAACUGUAUCCUCCCUCACUCAAACUGUAUUUUAAAGUAUUCAAACAACUGAAGACUGGCCAGAUGGUAAUGCGGUCCCACUGCUGGUGUAGACAUGUUUAUUUGCAUGAUAUAUACUUCCCAUAGAAAUGGAUAUCAUUGCAGGAUUUGGAACUGUUCUUAUGAAUACAUCCAUGAGGAGGGUACAGACAGAUUGCUGUGUGGAGUGAAGAUGCUGCAGCUGGGCCAAUUAGGACAAAGUAAUUAGGAAGAUGAUUCUUUAACACUAUGAAGAAUUGGCAGUGGAAGAUGUUGGGAGAUUCUGCUUCUCUGGCUAUUAAAAGGAGACCAGAGGAAUAUGCUUAGGUAAUGCUUGUGCUAAAAGAUAAACAUUUUGGGCUAAGGUAAACCAAAAUCUGCACUAAUGAAUUAUCACUAAUUAAAGUUGUACCAUGAUCUGGAUGGCCCAGGCUAGCUUAAUCUCGUCAGAUCUUGGAAGCUACUCAGGGCUGGUUGUGGUUAGUACUUGGAUAGGAAACCACCAAGGAACUGCAGGGUUGCUAUGCAGAGGCAGGCAAUGGCAAAACCACCUCUGAAUAUCUCUUGCCUUGAAAAUCCUGUGAGGUUGCCUUACGUCAGCUGUGACUUGACAGCACUUUUCAUCACCAGUUAAAUUAGCAGGUCUCAGAAUCCUGCCAUGACCACCAGAAAUGCUGUUCAGACAUGUACUUGCGCUACUGAGGCUUGUCCAGGUAUUGCCACACACUUUUCCAAGCCUGUCCUCACUCCCUUAAGGACUGGUGCCUUGCCUUUUUUGCCUCUCUAAAAAAAGCUGCAGUUUUGACCCAAUACCAUAUCCUAUACCUGAAUGAUACAAUCAAGCUGCAAAUUAUAUAGAACUUCCUAUGUUUGGACUCACUAGAUUUGGUUUGGACUCGCUAGAUAAUCCUUGUAGUAUCUUCUAGUUCUGGUUUGCUUUAGGAAAUAACAGCUCUUUGAUUACUGAGAGUGCUGCACAGUUUCCUUCUUGUUCCUGAACAUUUUAGGGAUACUACUGAUGGUUUCUCCUACAAGCAUGAGAAAUAGAUAUAUUUUUUAAAGUAAUGAAAACUGAAAUUCUGGCAGGAGGGUAUGGGAUACAAUUCUGUGUUCCCUGCUCAAAAGUUGGGGAAAGUAGAUAGUGAGCUUUUUCUUCCCCCAUAAGAAGAAGACGACGAUAAGAAGAUACUGGAUUUAUAUCCCGUCCUCCACUCCGAAGAGUCUCAGAGUGGCUCACAAUCUCCUUUACCUUCCCCCCCCACAACAGACACCCUGUGAGGUGGGUGGGGCUGGAGAGGGCUCUCACAGCAGCUGCCCUUUCAAGGACAACCUCUGCCAGAGCUAUGGCUGACCCAAGGCCAUCUCAGCAGGUGCAAGUGGAUGAGUGGGGAAUCAAACCCGGUUCUCCCAGAUAAGAGUCUGCACACUCAACCACUACACCAUACUGACUUUCCAUCCAUAACAAACUUUUGGUUGCUGAGUUACUAAUAAUUUCAGGGUAGACAAAAGAAACUAUGUCUUCAAAUAAUAUGUUGCUAGUAUAUGUGAUUUGCUGUCACAAGAUGUGCUGAUGGACCCUGCCUUAGGUGACUUUAAAGGGGGGGGAUUAGAUUUGUGGAGGGUCAGCAGUGGCUAUGAACUGUGAUAGCUAAAUGGUGGGCCCAGAAUGUGGGCUUCCCAGGGCAAUCAGGUGGGCCAUUAGUAUGAAAUGGAGUACUGGCUUAGAGUGAGCCCUGGUCUGAUCCAGCAGUGCUGUUCUUAUAUUCUUAAGUAUCUAAGACCUGACUCCCCCUAGACUAUCACUGAUGGGUGUAUGUAACAGGGCCCUUUAUUCUCAUGACUGUUGGAAACAAUGCUAUGGUCUCUGAAAGGCAAUAAAAAUAUUUGUGCAUGCGUUUAGUGUGAA